UGUAAGGCUUCGGUAAAAAAUGUUUAUUGAAAGAGCAAACUUGCCCAUAAUUUUAACAUUUUAUCGAUGGUUUAUGUAAAACUACAAUUGACAUUAUGGCGAAGUGCGAGUGCUCUACUAAAAUAAUUCCCGCAGUUUGCGCAUGGACGCUCUUACUUGGCACGACCGGUGUAUUUAUCGCUUUUGUGUCUCCCUAUCUCUAUUCAAUUAGCAUUGGGCUUCCGAUAUAUGUUGGACUGACAGCAAUAUUUGUGAUAGCAAACUUUGGAUUAGCCACUUUUAUGGACCCUGGUGUUUAUCCUAAAGCACAUGAAGAUGAAGUAAAGGAUGAUGAUUUCCGAGCACCACUGUACAAGAAUGUUGAAAUCAAAGGCAUCACAGUUCGCAUGAAGUGGUGUGCCACAUGUCAGUUCUACCGGCCACCAAGAUGUUCUCACUGUAGUGUCUGCAACACCUGUAUUGAGACGUUUGACCAUCACUGUCCAUGGGUGAACAACUGUAUAGGACGGCGUAACUACCGCUACUUUUUCCAGUUUUUACUCUCCCUUAGCAUACUGAUGGUCUCACUGUUCGCUCUCAGUCUAUUCUACGUCCUCAAACAUAAGGACUCGCUUUCUACCAUUCCCAGCAUUGUCAGUAUUGUGACAAUGUGCAUCAUAGGACUGCUUAUCAUCCCGGUGGGAGGGCUGACAUGCUUUCAUGUUGUCCUAGUUUCCCGGGGUAGAACCACAAAUGAACAAGUCACUGGGAAAUUUAAAGGUGGUCAUAAUCCUUUCACUCGUGGCUGCUCACAAAACUGCAGAUAUGCUCUCUGUGGACCAGUAUGGCCAAAAUUAAAAUCAUAUGUAAGAAAAACUAGAACAAUUCAGUUAGAUUCCACAAAAGUGACAUAUAUAGCAGCAGAUAAAGAAGUCAAGGUGUAUGCUGAUACUAGUAACGGAGUCAAACGGAAUAUGAAAAAUGAUCGUGAUGGAAUGCGCCUCUCACUCGUCGAAGAUUACGAUGACAACGUGGAUGAUGAUGCCACUCCGUCUCAGGAUAGCAUAAGCCUGGACAUUGCCACGAACCAACAACAGCAAUCAGCUUCUUACACAAAUCUUUUUGACACUUCGCAGCCCACACCGGUCGGUGCAUCAUACCAACAUAGCCGUGCGAGCCCAAAUACUAGUCGCAGUAAACAGCAGCAGUAUGAUCGGUCACAGAGACCUAGAGACACCCCUUCUGCUCUCUCAGUCCCACGGAAGGAUCCCCCACUCGCAAUUCCUGAAGAUUUUUCACCAAUAAAAGGCUCAAAACCAAGAACAGUAAUGAAUAGCCCUGGAGUGGGUAGACCAAAUGUUUCCAAACCACCAACAGGGCAUACAAGGCCAAUUGACUUUGACAGGGGGCAGAGGGCAGGUCAAGGUCAAGAUGCUCCUUACACUAAUAAAUACAAUGGGUAUCCAGUGAGGAGUGCUAGUGAAGAAAGAUUCAGGGAUAGUGAUAACAAUUACAGUAAUCAUCCUACCUCCAGAGGGCAUAACAGAUACCCUGAUAAAAUGACACGGAGAUCCCAUGAAUAUUUAGACCAUAGGGGUCCACAGUACAACCAGAGGGGAACAAGCAAAACUAUGCCCAGCCAAGGUAGGCAUGUGACUAACGCUGCCAGUGGGCAGCAGUAUUCAGACGCUGCUGAAAGUGAUGAUGCAGACUACAAACGGCCAAUGUCAUUUGUAAAAGCACUAGAAAUGAGCGAAGUUAUGCUCUCAGCUCGUGGUAAAGACUUCAGUGCUCCACAACAAAACUCGCAGCAACACAUUUCACAACAAGUCACAAAAGAAGAGAAAAAGAAAAGUGUGUAUGACUCUUCAUAUGAGAUUUCUGUUUAAUGGUUUUGUUAGCUCGUCAAUUUUAUGAAUAUAUAUAAACAAACAGGAGGUCUUGUGAUAGCCUUGUUGUCAUUAAUGUUGUUGUGCAAAAACUACAAUCUUGGCCAUUACUCAAAAGCUAUUAAAGAUACUUAAAUGAAACUUGGUACACGUGUUGAGAAAUACAAUACACAUAUGUGAAGCAAGGCCCUUAAAUCCACCUUUGACCCCAUUUUCGACUGAAAAAAAGAACAACAGACUUAGCAUUUGUGUUUGCUCCGCGACACUUUUGUUUGUCUUUUGUUAAUUUUCUAUGAGUCAUCAGCUUACUUCAAUGUCAUCAGAAUUCCUUUCUUUGUUUGUAAUAAUGUAUGUUUUAUUUAUCAUUCAUUAUCAUAUAUAUAUUUAAUAAUAAGAGUUUGAAGAAUAUUUUCAUAGCUUAAACAUUUUGACUGCCAUGAUUCAGAUGAAAGUAAAUUGUGAAUGUUUGCAUAAUUUAGAUUGAAUAUUUCAAAAUUAUCAUUCUUAUUUUCUGCCUUGGCACAGGGGCCAUUGUCAUACCAACCUGCAAGUUUGUAUGAAUGUUACCUACUUUAUAAUAAUUAUUGCCUGUUAUAUUGGCUUUUCUUGGAUUUGUAUUGUACUAAAUGUCAAAAGAAACAUUGGUGCAUCACAGUUAUUUUCACAAAGUAUUUGCCAAUUGGGACAACUUGGCCAUUUUCCACCGAAAACAGCCUCGGAUGUAUAUGGAUGGUUUACAAUGUCAGAAUUCUUUACAUUUAACUACGCUGCAAGUAGAUUGUGUAGUAAUUUCAACUUAGCAGUUAAACUUAAGGACUUUACCCUUUGGAAUAUUAUUUAUGCAAUAAUACGUAUCACUGUGAAACAAUUAUGACAAAAUUGCUUCAAUUAAUUAAUAUUAUUAUUAUUAUUAAAUUUAGGAACCUUUUCUACUAAUGCACCGGCAUACAUUCAAGGUUGUUUUUGAUGGAAAUCAGGUGAGGUGCUCAGAUUGAAUAUUUGCAUACUUUGUAAUAAUUAUAGUCUGCCAAAAGGGAGCUUUUUUGUUUUGGGGCAGCUUGUCCCUGUGGUUUUAAGCUUUUGGAGUAUGCAACUCUUUAUUCAAAGUUCACACUUGAAAGAGUUUUGUUCUGAGAAAAAAAAAAAACUUGUAAAAGUUUUUGGUUUUUCGUCCAAGUAUAUGGUGCUUCUACGUUAUUUUUUGUAACAUCUCAGCUUUUGAGAUUCAAUUUCCUGUUUUCAUCAAGGACAUGCUAGUUUGUGUCUAUAUUACCAAGCCUUCCAGUGUACUUGUUCUGGGUAUACAUUUGUUCUUGCAAUUAUUUAACUUUCAUUUUCCAUUUUCAAAAUUAAGUUCUAUUUGGUUUAGUUUUUGGAUAUGUUUUUUUUUUCAUUAAUUUGUGGCAUAAUGUCUAAAUGAAAUGAUAAAAAAAUUGCUUUAAAUCAGCUUUUAACAGGCACACCAUCCAAAACUGAUUACUCUAUGUCAAAGUCAAAAUGAACGUAUUUUAGACACUUGUUGUUGUUUACGGGAGUGGGAUUUGUAAAAAUAGUAACUUCUUAACUGGAAAUUUAAACCGAAAUGUUUUUGUAUCUUCGUUUUCUACUGGAUAUCUAGUCAGAUACUUAGUUGUUACCAUUCUGUUGACACAGCUUAGGUUAACCUUUCUCCCUUUACCAUUCAAAUGACAUGACUUAGUGUAAAUUAUAUGCUGUUACCGUUUAAAUGACAUGGCUACCGUUUAAAUGACAUGGCUUCGUUUUACCCACAUCUCCUUUUUUCCUUUUACUAAAAGAUAAAUUAGUGAAUUUUCAACUUGUGUUUAACAUUCAACUUACGGCAUAUUCACUGACCGAGAAAUCUGUCUGCAUUUUGUAAGUUUAAUGUUAUGACUAUAACCUAUAUCCUCAUAAAUCAUUCCACAGGAGUUCAUAUAAGUUCUGUGUUUGUUGACUAUGCUUUUUGUAUGGAUUUGCAAAAUUGUAAUGUAUUUUCUUGUCAUAGUUUCAGGGAACAUCCAUCUAUUCAAGUUUGGAUUUUUUGUACAAUAAUAAAAUUUCGUUGCUUGAUAGGUUCGUACUGAGCCGUGGAAAUUUCUAUUCUAAAACGUGAAGUACAAAAAAAAAUGUGAUUGUUUGCUUCGAUUUCAGUUUAGUGCUGGUAAAUGUUUUUUAAUUGUUUAAAUAAAUAUAAAUGCACAAGUAAGUUACUUGUGUCAGAGCUGUUCAGCUGGAUCUACAAUAUACUUUAAUAAUGCUGAGUAAAUGACCUAUUUCUUGUAAAGCACCAUUAGCCUUUCUUUUCAUAUAAAUUAUAUUUUUAUAUUUUUUUGCAAUUUAGCUUGUCCAUAUUUCUAAAAACAAACCUGAAGGUAUUGUGAUAGCCUUGGCGUUGGCGUGAUGCUGUCAUGUUAUAUUUUGUAUAUAAUCGAUGUAGUGUUUGCCUGUCCCUUUGAUUUACAGUGUAGGUCUGUUCAAUGACAGUAAAAGUGUCAGUCUGUUUAAUGACAGUUAUAGUGACAGUCUGUUCAAUGACAGUUAGUGUAGGUCUGUUUAAUGACAGUUACAGUGUCGGUCUGUUUAAUGACAGUUACAGUGUCAGUCUGUUUAAUGACAGUUAUAGUGUUAGUCUGUUCAAUGACAGUUACAGUGUCGGUCUGUUUAAUGACAGUAACAGUGUCAGUCUGUUUAAUGACAGUUACAGUGUCGGUCUGUUUAAUGACAGUUACAGUGUCAGUCUGUUUAAUGACAGUUACAGUGUCGGUCUGUUUAAUGACAGUUACAGUGUCGGUCUGUUUAAUGACAGUUACAGUGUCGGUCUGUUUAAUGACAGUUACAGUGUCAGUCUGUUUAAUGACAGUUACAGUGUCAGUCUGUUUAAUGACAGUUACAGACUUGGCUGUGUUCACUCGAGUCUAUUCUAUUCACAGUAGGUUCUUAAGUUUCAGUAAUACUAGUAUGUGCUUGACUGAGUACUGACAAUCUUAUCACUGAAUGUAAGACAAACUAUUAUAGUAUCAAGUAUUUCUGCUUGAUAUUACAAUAGUGUCACAAAUUCUAUCCAAAAACUUACUUACAAAUUUAAAAUUAUUUGUAUUAUGUAUCUAUUCUCAGAAUUUGUCAAAUUAUACUACAGUGAAACUGCGGUCGUUUUAACAGGUGGUCGUUCGAGAACUGGCGGUCCCUUGAGGUCGUAGCUUAGUCCCAAACACUUUUCCUUCUAUUUUCAUAUAAAAUAUACCAACGCUGCAUCGAAACCUAAAUAAGUCAAGCACAAAUGCUUGUCCCAAAUAAACAAAUUAUGCACAAAACCUUAUCACUCCCUCAAGGUCAUAAUUCUACACUUUUUUCGCGAACACAUGUUUCAAAAUAAACAAACAAUGGCUACGUGUUAAAACUUUCACAAGUUGUAAGAAUUGCAAUGACAGUUGAAAGGAAGUUUGAUAAAGUAUGAAAAACCGUUUAUCUAUGUUUAUUAAUGACCACUAUUAGUUGAUAACGGCAUUUGAGAAGAUAAUUAUGAUUAUAAUAUCCACCAUAUUUCAAUGUUACUGAAAAUGUGCUUUUCUUAAAACUAAACUUUACUAUAUAUUCAUUUUUUGUUUUACUUUUACGGUAUAUGUUAGCCUUUCAACAGAUGAUUGAUUUCCACAAUGCAAUACAUAAUCGGUGUCGGAUGUAAUUUGGUUUGAAGACUUUAAACUUAAAAUACACUGAUAGACAACUCAUAACAGACUGGGAAAUUGAAUCAUGGGUCGUUCAAAACAUCAGUUCCUUCGAGGUUUUAGCUCGGACCCUUGCGUCCUCAAGUGAUUGCAGUUUUACUGUAUAAUAAUAAUUUGAAAAUGAUAAUUGAUAGGUUUGUUGAGUCAUAGUCUGUUAAUGUAUUUAACAAAAUGUAUUUAUAAUAGCUGAAAUGAAAUUAACUUACCAAUACCUUUUUUGAAUGAGAAAUUGUGGGUCAUUUUGUUGUAUAUAAUGCCUAGGAUAGGGUAAUGGCUUAGGAAGAGGUGACGAUUCAUUAUUUGAGUAACGUUUUGUUUCCAUUUUUUUUUUUCAUUUCUUAGAUAAAAGUAGCAGUUUUAUAGGCCUAGGUGUAAUAGGUAGUUUUUGUUUCAUGUAAAUGUUUAUCUUGCAUUGACAAUUCAGUUUCUUUGCUUUUAUAAAAAUGUUAUGUUAAUGUUUGAUUUUAUUAUGAAACACAUUUAAUAAUGUAAGUCUCACUUUGUGAUUAGUUACUCCAUGGUAAUAUGCCGUUGUCAUGUGACUUCUCUGAUCCUAUUGUACACCUUGUAUUUAAAACUGCUAAGUGUAUGUAUUGGUUAUAGAGCUUAUUCCAUUUCGUAUUUGUGUUAGUAAAUUGUAAACUCAUUUGUCAAUUAAUUGCAUUUUAACCAUUGAUUGUAAAUACUUUAAUUUCAAAACAUAUUUUUUUUAUUUAAAUAAUGUUGUAUUUUAAAUGUAUUUUGUUUUAAAUGUAUUUUUAAAGAAUAAAAAUAAAUGUGAUAACUAUAACUAUA